CACCCACUUUGGAGGUCAGUGUAAGUAGUUUCAUUGAGACCGUCAAAUCGAAUUUAUUGAGAGUUUGUGGCAAGUGCCAGAGGUUGAUACUAAGUGCUGUGCUGUUGAAAAACUUGAGAAAGACCUGAAAAAUGGCUUUGCCAAGCACGUAUGUGAAAGGAUUCCAUGAUGAAGAAGCUGUCGGCCGCAUGGAAUAUCGACGGUUCGGUCAUACAGGAAUGGUCGUCUCCAAACUGGCCAUUGGUGGGGCAACUUUCAGCAAUCUAUUUGGCCCCGUCGACGAGGAGGAAGGAAUUGCAACCAUUCACAAAGCUCUCCGGCAAGGAAUCAACUAUGUGGAUACCGCACCUUAUUACGGUCAAGGAAAAUCAGAGGAACUCAUUGGGAAAGCUUUAAAAACAGUCCCCAGGAAAGCCUAUUACUUAACGACAAAAGUUGGACGAUACGAGCGCGAUCCAAAACAUGCUUUUGACUACUCCGCAAAGAAGACCAGAGAAAGCCUUGAAAAGAGCUUAAAGUUAUUAGGGGUAGAUUAUGUCGACCUUUUACAGAUUCACGAUAUCGAAUUCGCCCCUAAUUUAGAUCAGAUUUUGAAUGAGACGCUACCUAUGGUUGAGGCGCUGAAGAAAGAAGGGAAGGUUCGGCAUAUUGGAGUGAGUGCCUAUCCAAUUGGCAUUCUAAAGGAGAUAAUUACAAAAGCACCAGGACGUUUUGACACCGUUCUUUGUUAUUCCCGGUAUACCCUAGCUGACGACACUUUGCUGGAUUACAUCCCCUUUUUCAAGGAGCAAAAAGUGACUCUCAUAUGUGCAGCGGUUCAUGCAAUUGGAUUGCUGACCAAUCAAGGGGCACUGCCGACCCACCCAGCUAGUCAGGAACUGAAAGAUGUUUGUCUUAAAGCAGCCGAACUAUGCAAAGCAAAUGGAGUUGAACUGGGAAAAUUGGCAAUGUACUAUGCCUUACAAUUGGAAGGUCCGGCAAUCUUUUUGGUAGGUGUGCAGAACCGGAAGCAGCUGGAUUCAAAUGUGGAUGCACUGCUGAAUGGACUUUCAGAUGAAGAGAAGAAAUGCUUGAAGGUGCUCAAGGAAGAAUAUUUCACAAAAAGCUGGAAUUGGGAAGGUGUUGAAAUUGAAGCGUACUGGAAAGCCAUAAAGGGGACUAAGUAAUCUUCCGAAGCUUGUUAUAUGUACAUACACGUUAUAAAUUACAUAGGCGACUAUAAGAGACGUUCUGAAUAAAUAAAUCUUAAAACAUUAUAACUUCUAGA